CAAAAAAAAAAAGAAAAAGAAAAAAAAAGAAAAAAAAGGAAAAAAAAUAAGGGGCGGGGGGAAGAGAGAGAGAGAGAGGAGGAAAAAAAGUAGGGAAAACAAAAUAGUGCGAGCGAGCACACUCUGAUCUGAUCAAGCACUUUCAGCUUCAUCCCUCCUGGGUCACAUUCUGCUUCUCCACCAAGAAAACUCGCCGAGCACUUUUCCCCGCCCUGCGCUGCAUAACUCCGGCAGCCUCUCCCGCUCCCAUCUCAAGCCCUCCGCGCCUUGCUGAGGAGGAGGAGGAGGAGGAAGAGCAGCAGCGAGCGCGGAAGAUGGAGGUCUCCACGGACCAGCCGCGGUGGGUGAGCCACCACCACCCGGCCGUGCUCAAUGGGCAGCACCCGGACUCGCAUCACCCCUCGCUUGGCCAUACCUACAUGGACCCCACGCAGUAUCCUCUCGCCGAGGAAGUGGAUGUACUUUUUAAUAUCGACGGACAAGGCAACCCCGUCCCGCCGUACUACGGCAACUCCGUGAGAGCCACGGUGCAGCGGUACCCCACGGCGCACCACGGGAGCCAGGUGUGCCGUCCCCCGCUGCUGCACGGCUCGCUGCCCUGGCUGGACGGGAGCAAGGCGCUGAGCAGCCACCACAGCGCUUCCCCCUGGAACCUCAGCCCCUUCUCCAAGACCUCCAUCCAUCACAGCUCACCGGGACCCCUUUCCGUCUACCCACCCGCCUCCUCUUCCACUUUAUCCGCCGGCCACUCCAGCCCGCACCUUUUCACCUUCCCGCCGACCCCUCCUAAAGAUGUGUCCCCGGAUCCGUCCAUCUCCACCCCCGGCUCCACCGGCUCCACCCGGCAGGACGAGAAGGAAUGCAUCAAAUACCAGGUGUCCCUGGCCGAUACCAUGAAGCUGGAGUCCUCUCACUCUCGGAGCAGCAUGGCCUCUUUAGGAGGAGCCGCCUCCUCCGCUCAUCACCCCAUCACUACCUACCCACCGUAUGUCCCAGAAUAUGGCUCUGGACUUUUUCCCCCCAGUAGCCUCUUAGGAGGAUCGCCAACCGGCUUUGGGUGUAAAUCGCGACCAAAAGCACGGUCAAGCACAGAAGGCAGGGAGUGUGUAAAUUGUGGGGCUACCUCAACCCCUCUGUGGAGAAGAGACGGCACUGGGCACUAUUUGUGUAACGCCUGUGGACUCUACCACAAAAUGAACGGGCAGAACCGGCCCCUGAUCAAACCCAAGAGAAGACUGUCUGCAGCCAGGAGGGCGGGCACGUCCUGUGCAAACUGUCAGACCACCACUACCACCCUGUGGAGGAGAAAUGCCAACGGCGAUCCCGUCUGUAAUGCCUGUGGGCUCUACUACAAGCUGCACAAUAUUAACAGACCCCUGACUAUGAAGAAGGAAGGAAUUCAGACCAGAAACCGAAAGAUGUCUAGCAAAUCCAAAAAGUGCAAAAAGGUCCAUGACAACCUCGAAGACUUUCCCAAGAGCAGCUCCUUUAACCCCGCCGCCCUCUCCAGACACAUGUCCUCCAUCAGCCACAUUUCACCCUUCAGUCACUCCAGCCACAUGCUGACCACACCGACACCGAUGCAUCCUCCAUCCAGCCUCUCCUUCGGACCUCACCACCCCUCCAGUAUGGUCACUGCCAUGGGUUAGCAAGAGACUCCCCUGCUGAAUGCUUACAGUCUCAAAAUGAGAUUUACUUUAUAUACUACUUGCAUUUUUGCAGGCGUGUGGUUAUGGGUCUGACGUCCUGAAUCAAAUGGGAGAGGG